AUGUUGGCCUACAGGAAUAUUACUCUGUUUCAAUCUCUACGGACAUCACCGUCUAUUCUAUGUCGUCUAUACGCAACUAGCAGUCUGCCGACCCCGCCUGCGACGACCGACGUUCCUAAACCAGACUCGAAGGAUGCAUCGGGCGUCCACAAGUGGGCGGAGGAAUUCAAGGCUUUGAAUCCUGAUUUUCUGAGAGAUGCACCUGGAGUCUCUUUGAGCUUUUCUCGGAGCUCGGGACCAGGCGGACAGAAUGUGAAUAAAGUGAAUACCAAGGUCUCUCUACGCUGUGAUUUGAAUUCGCCGUGGAUUCCGCAAUGGGCGAGGAAGGAUUUUGUGAAGGAUCCUCACUAUGUCGCUUCGACCCAUACCCUCCUCGUAACGUCCACCUUUACCAGGUCGCAAGCGCAGAAUAUCGACGAUUGUCUGGAGAAGCUCAAGAACCUUAUCCUCUCGGUCGCAAUGUCAAGGAUCCAGAACCCCACGUCGGCAGAGACGAAGCAACGGGUAGCGGGUCUGAUCAAAGAGGACAAGGCGCGCAAGAAAGCUGAGAAACAACACCGAAGCAGUGUCAAGCAGAACCGAAGCCAGUCCCGAAGGGGUGUUGGUGGAGGAUGGGACUCUUAA